UGUGUGCUAAAAAUAGACUUUUGCGUCUUUCCACAUUCCUAAUGUGCCAUGCCUUGGUACUUUUCUUCGGGUCAGUGCUUGUCUUAAGAUGCUGGGCAAAACCCCCGGCCCACGUUAACCAAAACGUAAACAGGUUUGUUCCAUUGUUUUCGGUGCUAGUUUGGCUUCCAAAUCGAUUUGCGACUCAGUUAAUGUUUGGCUUCGUCAUGGUACGCUUCUUGGCGAGCUUAUGGUGGGGAAUGGUUGUGGUGAAUUUAGCAUCUGCCGAGCUGGCAGGUCUAGCGAAUCCCGCCCAAGGUGUACUGCAUGAAGCGCUGAAACCAAACGAGCGCGAAACAUUAGACGACUGUCAUCUGCGUUUUUACAGCUUUGGAAGCGGUGGGGCGGUAGCUCCCGCCGCCGGUAGGCCAGCAUAUCUGCGCGAGUUUGCUCAUAUGGGCGCGAUCGGCUGGAGCCAGCCCGACGGUACGGUACGGUGGAGCUGUGGUGGAUCGCUGAUAUGGGAGAACUUUGUGCUGACGGCGGCUCACUGUGCAGCGGACUUGAACAAUGAACCACCGGACGUGGUACGCUUUGGAGAUUUGAAUCUGUACAACGCGACGGACGACCAGUUUGCGCAGCAGUACAAGAUUGCAGAGAUUUUGCGCCAUCCGGAGCAUCGCUUCAGCGCCAAAUACCAUGACAUUGCGCUGAUUAAGCUAGAGCAACGGGUCACAUUGAAUGAAACCGUUGCACCCGCCUGUCUUUGGAGCGAGGAGGAGCUGCGGUUCGACGUGCUGGAAGCGGCCGGCUGGGGAGCAACCGGUUUCGGGCAAUCCCAAACGCCGACACUGCUGAAGGUCUCGCUGAAACCGGUCGAGCGGGACCGGUGCGAUCAGUUCUACCGGGUGGGCGAUCGUGGCCUACGUGAGGGAUUGCAAGACUAUCAGCUGUGCGCUGGCGAUGUGAAGAUGGACACCUGUCCGGGUGACUCGGGAGGACCGCUACAGGUGAAGCUACUGCACAAUGCCAAGGUGACACCGUUCGUUGUGGCGGUGACGUCUUUUGGGAGCGCUUGCGGCCAGUCUACGCCGGGUGUGUACACAAAGGUGUCAAAAUACGCUCCAUGGAUUCGAUCGGUUAUAGCGGCGCACGAGACUGAUGCUGAAGAAUGGAAGUUUGAACCCUACGCUAGUGCGUUACGGUACGUGCAGCUGCGAGAAUACGAACCGGAUGUUGUGUCACGCAAAUCGGAAGGCCGUGAAUCGUUAAGCUUCGACGGAGUGCAUAUCACGAUCGAGGAUUCCCUUUCUACGGUGAAGAUCGGUUGGGAAGAUGCAAAGCUUAAGGCACCGGACAACUGUUACGGUGUUUUGAUCGACGAAGAUACUGUCCUAACGCUUGCUGAGUGCACUAGUUAUGAGGGCCAACCAGCCACUCACGUGAUCGUGCUAGAUGAUAUAUGGAAGGAAAUUGUACGUCUCUACACACAUCCGAACUAUCGUUCAGGAUCACACUACAACAAUAUAGCAAUCGUGAAGCUGAAGGAACCAAUCUUCUUCACUUCGCGCUACUUUACGCCCGCAUGUCCCUGGUUUUAUCCGGAACUGCCCGAUCCAGAGUUUGAGGUUACUGGUCGUGGUCGUAACGAUCUUAACACUGUUCCACUGUACGAUGAACAAGUGAUUGGGAUAGAUGCUAGGAAUGCCUCUUUGCUGGUACGAUCGGCUCAACAGCGCGAUGGAAACUGUUCCCUUUCCCAAGCACAUCGUCAGCUUUUCACCAACGAUCUGUCAGACGAGCAUCUUUGCUUUGGACAUGGUACCUUUCUGGUGCCAGAUACCUGCGAGCAGCUGUUCGGUGGACCGAUACAGCGCAAUCUGUUCCGGUACUCCAAGUACUUCAAGCAUGUGUACGCGCUUAACCUGCUCGGUCGGGACUGCGGAUUUGGCCAGUCGGCAGUUGGAGUACGGCUUGCCCAUCACGCAGAAUGGCUGAGCAAGGUACUGCUGCCUCAGCGACGUCAUGCGGCUGCACCGGUACAGUUCUACAACACCGAUCUGGAGCUGAACGAUCACUGUCGGCGUACGGAUGGGAGUCGGGGCGUUUGCACUGAGCUUGCCCGUUGUCCGAAGGUGCGAUACGAUCUUCAGGUUGAACGGCAGGUUACAUUCUGCGCCAACAGGACGAUUGUAUGCUGUCCGUAUCAUAAUGUGCUGAACGGAACUGAUGACGUUGGUAUUGAGCUGAAUGAGUGCGAAGCGAGAUACAGUGCGUUGCAUCAGAAUGGGAUAUUUGAGCCAUAUUGGGAAAACCCUAUCGUGGAACGUUUUCCCCAUGUAAUCAUGAUCGCUUGGCAAACGAGUGAUGGGGAGUUUGACUUCUGUAUUGGCACACUUAUCACACGAAGUAUGGCUCUGUCGUCCGCCAACUGUCUGUCACGCAUCAGCAGCAACCGUACCGUGGUGAAGCUGGGAUGGGAAAAGACGGCUCCUACAUUGUGGGUAAAGGAAACAAUUCUGCAUCCCCAGUACGAGGAAAGCACACUGCGAAAUGAUAUCGGAAUAGUGAAGAUUGAUGGUGAAGUGGAUUCGAAAACGGGCAAAGUGCCAGCCUGUCUGUGGCACAAUCAAACCCACACACCGUUCCAUAUGCGGCAGUUUAUGCUGUCAGAGUUACAGUACCUGAACAGCUACCCAAAGUAUAACAAAGACUGUGAGGCGUACCAGCACUUUGGCAACCGGAGCCUGGAAGCUACGCAACUCUGUGCCGAUUUGGAGUUGGAGUUUCAAGCGAUUGAAACGGGUGAGCCAGCGUUUUGGCAGAAACAGCUUGCAGAUGAUAGCGGGGUUGUCCACUAUCUGGUCGGGAUUGUGAGCUAUGUUUUCCCGAUGACCACGGUGCAGACAAGGGUCGAAUCAUAUGUCGAUUGGAUCAAGAUGCAUGUGUAGCUGAAGACCUAGAAAAUUCGUCAAGUUUCAUUCUCGAGAAAACAUUAGCCGGCAUCGCGAAUAAAUGAACUCUUUUUGACAGUCGUUUAAAGUUAAUUUUGGUUUAACUGAGUUCAUUUUUUGUUCAUUCCUGUUAAAAUAAACGAUCGUCAAAAUAGUUAACGACUGCUCGAUAUCGCAUAUAAGAAAACACGGGGGAAAAAAUCGAGCAUUAUAAUUAAACGACUGUUAAUUUGUAUCGCAUACGCUCUUGACAGUCGUUUGUUUAACGAAGGCAUAGGACCAGUCGUUAAAAUUAACAAAUGAA